CUUUCUCAUUGCGUUGUACAGUUUUCCUCUCCUGCAUUUACUGUGUGAGGCAUUUGGCCGACGGGACUUUACCGCAAUGAAUAACGUUAACGUGUUUCCCCCCCCCAGUAUAGAGUAGCUGUGUGAACGGUUGCGUCGACACGGAGCAGAUGCGGCUCUUGCCAUGAUUCGUCCCGGGAAGCGGAGCUUUCAAGCGGCGUUGAUCUUUCUGUCUGUCGCCCAGCUGACUGCAGGUCUGAGGUGUGUGUGCCAUCUUUGCGCCAACCACACCUGUGAGACGACCGCAGACGGCGCCUGCUGGAACUCUGUGAUGCUGAUUGACGGGAAGGAGGAGACGGUCAAGUCGUGCCUGUCGCCCUCUGAGAUGAGGGGCCAGGUCUUCUGCUACAGCUCCCGAAAUGUCUCCAAGAGGAACUGCUGCUUCACAGACUUCUGCAACAAUGAGACUCUGCACCUAUACCCAGAGAGGCCUUUGGAAGAAGAAGAUCCCGGCUGGAGCAGGCUGCAGCUCUCUGUGGUGAUCCUGGUGCCCUCCUGCCUGUUGUGCGUGGGGAUCCUGCUGAGCGUGUUCGUUGUGCAGGGCAACCGCUGUGCCUACAGCAGAGCCCACAAGCAGGACCCAGAGGAGCCUCUGGAUGACCAGAUGCUGAUGUCACCCGACAAAUGUCUCAAAGAUCUGAUCUAUGACAUGAGCACCUCAGGCUCUGGAUCAGGCCUACCACUGCUGGUCCAGCGGACUAUAGCUCGGACCAUCGUCCUGCAGGAGACCAUUGGGAAAGGUCGAUUUGGGGAGGUGUGGCGGGGGAAGUGGCGAGGAGAGGAUGUGGCUGUGAAGAUCUUCUCUUCCAGGGACGAGAGGUCGUGGUUUCGUGAAGCAGAGAUUUAUCAGACAAUCAUGCUCAGACAUGAGAACAUCUUGGGCUUCAUCGCUGCUGACAACAAAGAUAAUGGGUCGUGGACGCAGCUCUGGUUGGUGUCAGAGUACCACGAGCAUGGCUCCCUGUACGACUACCUGAACAGGUACACAGUCUCUCUGGAAGGCAUGAUCGUCCUCGCUCUGUCCAUAGCGAGUGGGCUGGCACAUCUCCACAUGGAAAUCAUUGGGACGCAGGGGAAACCUGCCAUUGCUCACAGAGACCUAAAGUCUAAAAAUGUCCUGGUGAGGAAGAACGGCACGGCAGUUAUCGCAGAUUUGGGUUUGGCUGUGAAACACGACUCCACCACCAACUCCAUCGACAUACCGUCCAACCACAGAGUGGGAACCAAGAGGUACAUGGCCCCAGAAAUCCUUGAUGAGACGAUCAAUAUGAACAGCUUUGAGUCAUUCAAGAGAGCGGAUAUCUACGCGCUAGGCCUGGUGUUCUGGGAACUGGCCCGAAGAUGCUCUGUUAGAGGACUUCAUGAAGAUUUCCAGCUGCCUUAUUACGACCUGGUGCCUUCUGAUCCGACCAUCGAGGACAUGAGGAAGGUGGUGUGCGAGCAGAAACUCAGACCCAACGUUCCCAACCAGUGGCAGAGCUGUGAGGCUCUGCGUGUGAUGGGCAAACUGAUGAGAGAGUGCUGGUACGCCAACUCUGCUGCUCGACUCACUGCCCUGCGGGUCAAGAAAACGGUGUCUCAGCUGUCUGCCAUCAAGGACGUCAAAGAUUAGUUAGAUUCGUUGAUGCACCGGUGCUGGCACUGGUGCAACAGCAUGGACUGAGAGGUGUUGGAAGCAAACUGGGAGAAGGUGUUCUCUCUAACGGCCUGAGGCUGCCCUCUUCAGGACACAACCACACCAUUCACCCUCAGAGAGCAACUUCAGGUUGUUUCUGGUGCCAAAGUAUUGUAGGAAGAGACCUAAUGAAAACAUGAACCAAACAGCUGAACGUUUGGUUUAGGAAGAGCCAUAUGAAAUAAGAAUAUGUAUAAUGUAUAUACAGAUUGUUUUGCUACCUCAGACAUAUAAGUGCCCAAAGCUUGAAGUUGCACAUUGUGAUGUUUUUGUGCCAUAUCUUGUAUCAGACAGUAUUGCUGAGUAGUUAGUGUGCUAAGUGACAAUCACAAAGGAUACUGGAUAAGAUGCCCUAACUGGUUCUGACUGGUUUUAAAUGACACACUUACAGACUGUCCCUGAUAAUCUGAAGUGCUUUUGUAUAGUCAUUACAGCACUAUUGUAGAUAUAUCGUGUAUUGAAAGUUCAAUGGAAAGGUUACGGUACACUUAACAGGAAUAUAAGUGGAAGACAUCCUUUAGCUAAAUGUGUCCAAGUGGGUUUUUAGUGUGAUUUGGCUCCAUGGAUGACAAUCUGUUGGUCCAAAUAGCUCCACAAGUAUUGAACGGAUCACCAUGACAUUUGGUACAAAUGUUCCUGGUCCCCAGAGGAUGAAUAAUAACUUUGAUGAGCCCCUGACCUAGCAGUAUAACUGAGGCUGAGCUGAAACUAAUAAGAGUUAUCCUAAAAUCAUCAGAGUAAACCCUUUUGGAUUUAGUUAAAAACUGUUCUCUCUUAGGAUCAGUGGAGUGGCUAUGAGCACUUUUUUUGUCUUGUCCUUUACAUAAAAAGAAGUACAGCUUCAAGCUGCUGCUAUAAAUUUUGCACAUUUAAAGCUUUCAGUUGCUGAAGAGAGCUGCUCUCUGACAGAUGAAUGCUAGUUUGUUGACAAACAAAAGCUCAUUCAUGAAUGUGAAAACUUAUUUUUUAUAUUUCUUAAAUAUAUUUAUUCAUACUGGAAGGAUGUUAUUCAAAUUUUAAAAUCUUAGCUACCCUAAUGCACAAGUCAAAACUUCUUCUUGUUGUUCACAGUAGCUCAUUGGUCAUUUUAAAGGGCCAGUGUGUAGGAUUUUGGGGGAUCUGUUCUCAUUCCCAGGGCGUCAAAUACUACAACAACACUUUGUCACGGCCAUCGGCGUUCAAUACUGAUGCACAAGGCACCCUUUAGCGCAGUUAUGGAUGCGGCACGUUCAGUAAACGCUCACUGAAAGAGCUGUGGUGAAGUAGUUUAAAGAGCAAAAGAGACACACAGGGUGGGCGGGACAACGUCAAGUCACAUUUUCGUUUUAAAAACGUAGUCAUUUUAAGCCCAACCAUGUUGUUUUUUCAUAAACCUAACCAAGUGGUUUUGUUGCCUAAACAUAAGCAAGUAUUUUGUUUAAAUCACAACGUUAAGCGCGUGUUUACUGCGACCAAAAAGUGACGCAGAGGGGUCUGACAAAGUGUUAGUAUAUGACAAGUUGGGAUGAGAACGUGUUGGUUUUUACGUUACCUGAAGGCCACCGCAGCUCUCGGACGCACUAGGAAAGGGGGGGGGGGUAUUCAGUUGGUUGCAAUCUGCAACCUCACCGCUAGAUGCCACUAAAUCCUACACACUGCUCCUUCAAUAGGGAAAUCCAAUACUACGUACAGAAUUUGUUAGAAAGCACUCCAUUUCAUAAACCCGAUGCUGUUUAACAGCAGGUUUCCCAAAGAACCAUAUAAUUAUGAUAAACGCAAAGACCUAGAUAAGAUCAGAUCUUGAUAAAGAUCUGGAUAAAGCUAAUGAUAAAAUCAUAAAACAAGAGGAUAAUGAAAAAUUGUCCUCGGUAGUAAAUCAGUCUAAGACGUUUCACUUGGAGAGCACAGUCUGGUUGAUGGCUCUAUCAUCACUGUAUGAUGAGGCUUGUAAAGUCACAACAGGCUUAUAGGGAAAGUACACAUGGGAGAAUCUGUACACCAUGUGUGACGGUGCCUGUGUGUUUGUGUUUCAUAUCAUACGAAGUCUUGUUUAAAGAUGAAUCUGAUUAAUCAUUGUAGUGUUUGUGAAACUUGAUCCCAUCCAUCAUGGCUUUCAAUCCUCAGAUAAUGUUCAUGUUUCUAGUUGCUAAGGUGAGUUACAUGCGUCCAUGUAGCUGCUUAGUGUUGACACAUAUAAAUGUUCUCCUGUUAUGAAGGCGUAAUAAUUAUUGGCUAAUAAUGUAGCAUCAGCUUUGUUGCCUCUUGAAAAUAAGCUAUGUACAGUAGCCUGUCGCUCUCUUGACAAAUAUCACUUCAUGUACGAGUCUUUUUCUUUCUAUGAAAUGAUUAGUUGACUUCAAUCAUGGGAUCUUUUGUGUGUUGCAGAAUACAGAUAUGAAAUAUCGAAAAUGCAGUAUUAUUAAAGCGUGCGGCUCUGCCUGGGUCCAUUGAAAGUACUUGUAAUAUAAAUUAGUUUUUUAUCUGAUGUUGGAUCUAUGCUGCUGAGCCAAGCUUGUAUAUUUUGUCUAUUGUGUCAUAUCUGCUUCUCCAAGAAUCAGACGGGUGACACGACUGAUCGCUAAACAUAUAAAAGGCUUAUCAAUCAUUCCAAAGAGGAGUGACCACCAUGUGCAAUUUCUGAAUGGUGUCUUUUUUUAUAUAUAUUGUAUAUGAAAUUGCUAACAAAUGUGAUACCGCUUUCAUAAAAUACGACCUACUUCUUGAUUUUCAAACCAUCCAGUUAUGUAGAUCAACACUGUUUUGUGUCAUUGCUCAGAUUUCAUGCCAUUGCAUUGUAUCUUUUCUCUUGCACUAUUUAUUCUGUAUAGAAAUUAGUGAUAUCAGUGGGUCAAUAAACUGUUUUUCAUGGA